GUGUUAAAUGACCCUGGGCGUUUAAUUGCAGUGCACCUUAUGCACACUGCACUUGUAGCUGGUUGGGCUGGUUCAAUGGCAUUAUACGAAUUAGCAAUUUUCGAUCCAUCAGAUCCAGUACUUAACCCAAUGUGGCGUCAAGGAAUGUUCGUACUUCCAUUCAUGACUCGUCUUGGAGUAACAAACUCAUGGGGUGGAUGGAGUAUUAGUGGUGAAAGUGUAAGUAACCCAGGACUUUGGAGUUAUGAAGGAGUAGCAGCUUCGCAUAUUAUUCUUUCAGGUCUUCUUUUCCUUGCAGCUAUUUGGCACUGGGUAUUCUGGGAUCUUGAACUUUUCCGUGAUCCACGAACUCAACAGCCAGCAUUAGAUCUUCCAAAAAUUUUUGGAAUUCACCUUUUCCUUUCAGGAGUACUUUGUUUUGGUUUCGGAGCAUUCCACGUAACUGGACUUUAUGGUCCUGGUAUUUGGGUAUCUGAUCCAUACGGACUCACUGGAGGUGUUGAGCCUGUAGCACCAUCAUGGGGAGCUGAAGGAUUUGAUCCUUACAACCCUGGUGGAAUUGCAUCUCACCACAUUGCAGCUGGAAUCGUAGGUAUUUGUGCCGGACUUUUCCACCUUAGUGUACGUCCACCACAGCGUCUUUACAAAGCUUUACGUAUGGGUAACGUAGAAACAGUACUUUCAAGUAGUAUUGCAGCGGUAUUUUGGGCAGCUUUUGUUGUAGGUGGAACUAUGUGGUACGGAUGUGCUGCAACACCAAUUGAACUUUUUGGUCCAACUCGUUACCAGUGGGAUCAAGGAUUCUUCCAGCAAGAAAUUGAGAAGCGUGUACAAAAGAGUGUGGCAGGUGGUGCAUCACUUUCAGAUGCAUGGUCAGCAAUUCCAGAGAAGCUCGCAUUCUAUGACUACAUUGGAAACAACCCAGCGAAGGGUGGACUCUUCCGUUCUGGACCAAUGGAUAAUGGUGAUGGAAUUGCAGCAGGUUGGUUAGGACACGCAGUAUUUACUGAUAAGCAAGGGCGUGAGCUUUUUGUACGUCGUAUGCCAACUUUCUUUGAAACGUUCCCUGUAAUCCUUAUCGAUAGCGAUGGUAUUGUACGUGCUGACGUACCAUUCCGUCGUGCAGAAUCAAAGUAUAGUAUUGAGCAAGUAGGUGUAAGUGUAACAUUCUACGGUGGAGAACUUGAUGGAUUAAGUUUUACUGAUCCAGCAACAGUUAAGAAGUAUGCACGUCGUGCACAACUCGGAGAAGUUUUCGAGUUUGACCGUGCAACUCUUCAAUCUGAUGGUGUUUUCCGUAGUAGCCCACGUGCAUGGUUUACAUUUGCUCACGUAAGCUUUGCUCUUCUUUUCUUCUUCGGACACAUUUGGCACGGAGCUCGUACAAUCUUCCGUGAUGUAUUUGCUGGUAUUGAUCCAGACUUAGAUGAGCAAGUAGAGUUUGGUGCAUUCCAGAAACUUGGUGAUGUAACAACUCGUCGUCAAACUGUGUAA